AUGAAGGAGACGGUUCCCGGGCAGCCGAUUCCUGGGACGCACCGCGGUCGGGGCGAAGGGCCUGCUGUGGUGGGACAUCAGCACCUUGACGGUCUCGGCCGCCUUAUGCUUCACGGGCAGGGAGAAUAUUCGGGAGAGGCGCCGGCUGAGAGUGUCGCGGAGGCGGUCCCGGUGGGCGGCGGCAACAGGAGAGCCGGGACCGAGAGAAAUGGUGAUGGCGCGUUCAAGGAGUCGGGGGCGGGUGGAGUCGGCCGCCCAGGUGGUGAUGCCCACAACGUUGGCGUUGAAUCUCCUCUGGGGCUAUAG